UUAAGCUUUCCUAGCUGCUUCCGGGUUACUUUCUACAUUCGGUUUUUGGAUCUCAACAAAAAUUACUAUAAAAUAUUAUCAUAAUAAACCUUUGUAUGUUGACGACGAGUCAGACGGACUUCAGUUCAGGUGUGUCAAGUCACUCGGCAUAGCUACAUAAGAUAUUUGCGGCACUUUGCCAGCAGAGCCGCUUGCUUACAGCUGCACUAGUGUCGAUCCGCGCUAUAAAGCAUGUGUGAAACGCAAACGAACCCAGGCUGAAACGAAUCCUGGACCAGUGUGAGUAGCGGGUGCAAGAUUCAGGACCAGAGUAUUAGGCGGGGUAAACUGAUAGGGUCGGGUGGUCCUGUCCAAUCAUCCCAGCCAUGGAGCGUGUAAUGGGGGGAGUGGUGCCGCUGGUCCUGGGUGGGCUAGGGCUGGUGCUGCUCUACCGGCUGCUCCAGAGGCUCCAACAGGGGGCUACCAUCCAGGACGCUGUGGUGGUCAUCACUGGAGCCAGCUCUGGCCUGGGGAGAGAGUGUGCUCGGGUGUUCCAUGCUGCCAAAGCAAGGCUGGUUCUGUGUGGCCGGGACGCAGCCAGGCUACAGGACGUAGUUCAGGAGCUCACAGCCACCGCAGCAGAAAGCCAGCGGCAGACGUACACCCCCAUUAUGGUGAUCUUUGACCUGUCCGACACAGCGGAAAUGGUUGCCAUGGCCGCGGAGGAGAUCCUGAGGUGCUAUGGCCACGUGGACGUCCUCAUCAACAACGCCGGCAUCAGUCAUCGCGGCAACAUCCUGGAGACGCACAUCUCCGUACAGAGGGGCGUCAUGGAUACCAACUACUUUGGGCCCAUAGCUCUGACUCAAGCCCUCCUGCCCUCCAUGGUUCGCCGGCGCAGUGGACACGUAGUGGUCAUCAGCAGUGUCCAGGGGAAGAUUGCCAUUCCCUACAGAUCAGCUUAUGCGGCCUCCAAACACGCCACCCAGGCCUACUUCGACUGUCUGAGGGCUGAGAUGGAGCGCUACAGUAUACAGGUGACAGUGGUCAGCCCUGGCUACAUCAGAACCAACCUGUCUCUUAACGCUGUCACGGGGGAUGGCUCCAAAUAUGGAGUCCUGGACAAGACGACAGCUUUGGGGCGGGAACCGAAAGAGGUGGCCCAAGUGGUCCUAAAGGCUGUCCAUCACAGGAGUAAAGAGGUCCUAUUGGCUGGGCCCCUGCCCACUCUGGCCGUCUACAUUCGCACCCUGUGGCCCGCCCUCUUCUUCAAACUCAUGGCCUCUCGGGCUCGCAAGGAGCAGAAAUCCAAAGAUGAGUGAGAAGUUGGAGGGGGAGAGAGAGGUGAUGUGGCAAAACUAUGGGAAUGGAUCAAUUGAUUAAUGCACACUGUAAUAACUUGCAAAUGGAAAAGUUGUUUUGUUUUAAAGCCACAAUGUGAGAUGUGGUUCAUUAAUUGAAAUAACUGGAAAUCUUACAAACUGCGGUUUCAACUUCAAGGUUAACAUCAUGCAAAGUGUUCAGGGUAGAUCACAUUUACAAUUAUGAUAUUGACGUGUAAUAAAAUUUCAGAGCAACCCGAA